AUGUCCGAUCUCCCGUCUGAUUUGUUAGAAGAAAUAUUCUCUACGGUUCCUACCACAUCAUCUCUGACAAGAUUACGAUAUACUUGUAAACGAUGGAAUGCUUUAUUCAAAAACAGAAGAUUCACUGCUCGUAAAGCUCCUAAGCAGUCACUGGUUCUCAUGUUGAUGGACUCUAGAAUUUUUUCCAUGAGCGACAGUCUCAAAACUCUCAACUUCGCUGAUUCAUCUAUAGAGUGUAAGGUUCCACUUGGCCUAGAGAAUUCUCAUUCUAAUUUAGAAGAAGUGGAAAUAGUCGAAGCUUUUCACUGUGGAGGUUUGUUGUUAUGCACUACCAACCAGGAUAGACUCAUGGUUUGGAAUCCAUGUUUGGGGGAAAUUAGAUUGAUCCAAACCAAAACUGAUAACGAGAGAUUCUCUAGGUUUGUUCUAGGUUACGAAAACAACAAGUUUUGCCAUAGCUUCAAAAUUUUGAGGUGUUACCACCAAAACAACAAAACCGUUGGGGAUGAAAUUUAUGAUUUUAGCUCUGAUUCAUGGAGGGUACUUGUUGAUGUCGUUGCUCUCGACAGCUUCUUAGUAGCAUCAUCAAAGGGUGUGUCUUUGAAGGGACUGCUUACUAGAUUACUAUUGAUAAAACAUACACCUCUGAUAAAAGAAGCAAAUCUGAACUUUUACUAA